AAAAUGGUGGGGGGGGGGGCUGAGAGUUUUGUGAAAAGCUGAGUAUACUCAGAGCACGAGUGAUUUGUGUGUGUGAAACGUUGUGAUGUGGGAGUAAAGAAGCGCUUAGAUUACAAACAGAUAUUCAGAAAUGAACGGCUCAUCCAAACUCCUCUGUGGGCUCCUCAUGUCAUGCUUGUGUUUUGGAGCCACAGGUUCAAAAGAGGAGUUAUCCAUCAUACAGAGCCCAGCCAACAGCAUUACUGUGAAUGAGGGAGAUUCUGCUCAAAUCACCUGCUGCUGGAAUAAAGUCAACCAUUCAGUUAAAACUGUUUGGUAUAAGAAUGAGAAAAGAGUUGCUGCUGAAAAACAGCAACACAAAGAGGACUGUUCUAUACUGUACAUUACAAAAAUAACUAUGAAUGAUACAGGAGAUUAUUUUUGUAAACUGUAUCAAGACAUUCCAUACCUGCUUGAAUUUGAGGGAAACAGAACCACUAUAAUUGUCAAAGAAGGACAAGUAAGCACCUACACAACAACUACAGCCAAUGUUAAUUCAGUUUCGCUAUCAACUGCAACUGCUGCAACAGCAAGUUCUGCGCCCUCACACAAAUCCCCAGAUCCGCCCCUGACCCUGCCUUUGUCCCUGGCCGCUGCCAUCGGCCUGUUGACCUUAUGUUUGGCCUUCAGCAUGUGUAAGAUGAGGAACUCCUGUAAAAAUUCAGAACGAAUGGUCAUUCAUCAGAUGACACACAGUGAGGGGGAGGAGAAUGAAAACAUGGAGGUGGAGGAGAUUAGCACAAACUCCUCCCGAGGAUCACAACAAUGGUAUCAAGUCCCUGUUUAUUGGUCUUACUUUGAUGUACAGACGGGUGAAGAGCAAUGUCAACCAGAAUAGAAAAAAGACAAGAUUCUAUUCAUCUAUUCAUUGGAUUUUACAUGAUCUUACAUUUGUUUCUAUCUCUGGCAGCUGAGAGAAUGUCUAUGUAAAUACCAAAGACUGCUUUAACUUCAGAAGUGAACAGAUCCAUUGGAAACCCUUUGAGCUCAUGGGCUGCACUUGAUUAUCAGAUUUUAUUCUUGCUGUGUGUUGCAGCUCAGUUGUGUUUUGAAAUAGAAACGCAUGCGGUGGUUGUUUUUUUGUUGUUGUAAUUUUCCGUUUGUUAUAAGUUUGUUAAAACUUUAUGAAAAGAUGAAAUGUCUGAACAUGAUGCUUCAAACCAAAAUAGAAAGCAACUUGGAAAGAUGUAUUGUAGCUAUUUAUUACAUGUCAAAGGAGCACUUGCUAAAGUUUAAUAGACAUGUAAUUCUGUGUCAAACAUUGUUACAGUGACCACAAAGGGUAUUUGGAUUCUUGAGCCACACUUAAAAUGUAUGAAUAUCAUUGCAUUAAAUAAAAAAUGAAAUCUUCAAACAAAUGAUGCUAGAGCUUUUCUUAGAAUUAACUUUUUCUGAGCAGUUUUUGCAGGGUGAUUUUUAGUGGAUGUAUAGAAUAACCACAGAUGUAGUUCAUCACAUUAACUAUGAACAUGUUCUAAGACAACCAGUUAGUGUCCAGAUUCUUUAUUUUAAUUUUGAACAUUAUAUCUAUUGUUUAAUAAUUUAAAACCUGUGAUUUUUGUAAAUGUCUUUUAAGUGUGCUCAUGCGAUCUUUUUAUAAAAAAAUAGAAAAAAAAUAAUUAUAAUUAUAAGGCUUGAUUCUGUGAGUUUGCACUUUCAUAUAAUGUGGUCCUUUUGACAUUUGCAAU